UUGAAGCCCCAACCUACUUUCUCGUAUACAUGUCUGAACCUAUUCCCUUCACACCUUUGUCCCUGCUAUUCUUUGCGAUUUCGCUCGUUUCUCUGUUCUUGUUACUCUCUUUCGCAUUUGCGAUCUUCCCCUGGUUCCUUUUGCGGUCCUCUCCAUGCCAUUUCGUUCUUAAUUUGCAUUCUCGAUCAGAUUCGAAGUUUGUAACAUGGCAAGUCGCAUCAAGGAAGAGGAGAAAAUUGAAAGGACCAUACGUAAUCUUUUGAAACUUCCAGGGAACCGAAGAUGUAUUAACUGCAAUAGUCUGGGACCGCAAUACGUCUGUACAACAUUCUUGACAUUUGUAUGUACAAACUGUAGUGGAGUACAUCGUGAGUUCACUCACCGAGUAAAGUCAGUGUCAAUGGCAAAAUUCACGGCAGAAGAGGUGGCUGCUCUUCAAACUGCGGGAAAUGAGAGAGCACGGGAGAUAUAUCUGAAAACAUGGGAUCCUCAGCGACAUUCUUAUCCAGAAAACAGCAAUCUCCAUCGGCUUCGGGAUUUCAUCAAGCAUGUUUAUGUUGAUCGGAAAUACUCUGGUGAGAAAAGUGGUGAUGAGCUCCCGAGGUUGAGACUUACUGACAAGGACUCAUCCCAAGAAAGGAGAAAGGUUACUCCAUAUUAUGGUGGAUUACAGAACCUGCAAAUUGAAAUGCCAAGAUCUAGUUCAAAGAGGGAACACAGGAGUCCAAUUUUUUACUAUGAUGAGAGAAGCAGUCCUCGGUAUUCAAAAGAAAACUCCAGAUAUGGAGGCUAUAGGAGAAGCCUUACACGCAUUGAGGUUGUAGAUGACAGAAUUAAAGAUGACAGACCUGGAAUUCGUAGGCUCCCAAAUGGAGAUUCCAAGGCAGUUAUCCAGUUUAGUCGCAGUCAAGAAAAUUUAGAGAAGUCUUCUUUUGCAGUUGAAUUUAAUAAUAAAGUUACAAUCGGAAAAAAUGAACCUACUCGAAGAGUUGAGGAGGAUGUAAGAACCAAUAAAGGAAUAGACGCUGGUGGCUCUGAUCAGAAUGUUGUUCGUGUUAAUCCCGUGGAAACUAAAAGAGACAACGUAGGGAGCCUAAUUGAUCUUGGCAUCAGCUCUGAGCCUUCUGAUGCUGCUGCCGCAUCACAGACCCAACAGAUGCCUUCAUCUAACAAUGACAAAUGGAACGCCUUUGAGCCAUCUUCAACGAAAAGCACAUCAACAGCCCCCAAUGCAAAUACUCUGGAAGCUUUGCUUCUUGAAUUAUCAGUACCAUCAACUGGAGCUGAUAAUAAUCCAAAUGAUGGACCUGGAAAUGCCCAUACUCCAGCAACCGUUUCUGGAAGUACUCUUACACCAGAUUUCACUAUGGGGCAGACAGCACUACCAAUCAGCGUUGAAGCUUCUGUAGCUGGGUCUAAUGAAAGUGUAGUGUUGCAAUCUUCUAAUGCAAGCCCUCCGCAACUCACAUCCAAUAAUGGUGGUGAUAUUGCACUAAAAGUCCUUAAUGGACUACAGCUUCCAAGCACGCAGCAAAAACAGACUUUUGAUUAUCCUUCUGCAGAUACUGGUUUGAAUUCACAACUGAUGACUCCAGCUGCUGUUCCAAAUUUUGAAUGGACUUCUUCAUCGGAAUCAAAUGCUCAAGGAUAUUCAAGUGUUUCAACUGACAAGAUAGUUGCUCCUGAUUCAAAACCAGCUCAGGGUACCACCAAUGGAGUUGGAUCCCAACCUCCAUCUUCAGAAAAGAGCUCUUCUUGUGGAAGAAAGGAACUUCCUCUGGACCUUUUUACUGUUAACUACCCUCAAGUUCGCACCUCACAUCCAGGUUGGCAGACUGGAACUCAACAUGUCAUGGGUCAAAACUUGCAGUAUUAUCCUACCCCAGUGGCUGCAAGACCAACAAACCCAUUUGAUCUCGAUGAUGAAAAGAGUAGAUUUUACUCACACAGUGCUCCCACUAGCAUGCCCGCUCUUAGUGGCUCAACGCAGAGAUAUGGCUACCAACACGAAGCCCAAUAUUCAGGUACAUACUUGGGGCAACAGGUCUACGGGAGUAUUCCGUCUUUGAGACCUCAGGGAGUAGGAGGAACCUCCUUCCCAAGUGCUUUUGGCUCCUUCAAUAACACACCUCAGCAGCCGAGUAGCAGAUAUCCAGCACCUAACACAAAUCCAAUUGCUCCAUCGUUUCGCAAUAAUCCAUUUGGAUAGACUUAACAAAGCUUCAAUUCGCUGUACGUAUGUCUCAAUAUCAGGUCAUUUUCUUCCUGACUUUUCAACAAGAGCUGAGUUUGAAAGUUGUGAAAACUUUAAUCUAAAUGAGAGAGUUUUUAAUUCCAUCAAAGACUUAGGAUGUGAGUGGCUGUGUAAAAUAAUCAGAGUGAAAUGUACAGAUUCACCCCAAGGUCAUAUAGAAAAC